AUGGACUUUGACCCGACAACUCAUCCCCAUCGUCGCUACAACCCGUUGACUGGAGAGCAUGUGCUCGUGUCUCCACAUCGCAACAAACGGCCGUGGCAAGGACAGACAGAGCCGCCGAAUCCUACAAAGCUCCCAGAAUAUGACAGCAAAUGCUAUCUAUGCCCAGGGAAUUCGAGAUCUGGUGGUCAACUGAACGACAAAUACACUUCUACGAUGGUAUUCGAAAAUGACUUCCCAGCCGUACUCCCACCACCUGGACCAGAUGCUCCUCCAAACGCGCAUCCGCUGCUGCAAGCCACUCCUGUUCAAGGAGGUUGCGAUGUCAUCAUAUUCCACCCACGGCACGAUCUAACACUCGCUCGAUUAUCUCCAAAGGAUAUCGAACCGAUCAUACAGGAGUGGAAACGCAUCUAUCUCAAGCGCGGCGCCCAGCCAGGAAUCAAAUAUGUGCAAAUCUUCGAGAAUAAAGGCUCGAUGAUGGGAUGCAGCAAUCCUCAUCCCCAUGGUCAAGUGUGGUCCCUCAGCGAGGUUCCAACUUUUCCCUCCACAGAACUGAAGCAUCUCCAUGAGUACAGUGAACAGCAUAUUCCAGACUCUGGUGCUCCAAGAGGUCCGGGUGGCAAGCCAUGCAUGCUCUGCGAAUAUGUCCACUAUGAACUAUCUAUUCCACGUGAAGAAGGGAGAAUCGUUUUACAGAACAAACAUUGGGUGGCGUUGGUUCCCUAUUGGGCAGUAUGGCCGUUCGAAGUCAUGUUACUUCCCCACCAUCGACAUAUACCUGGUCUGAACCACCUCACUGCCGAAGAGUCGACGACGUUUGCUCAAAUCAUAAGCCAACUCACUAUUCGCUACGAUAAUCUCUUCCAGACCUCAUUUGCGUAUUCUAUGGGAAUCCAUCAACGGCCUACCCCUGGCGACUCCGAGCAACUCGACAAGGAUGACAUUGCGCACCUCCAUCUGCAUUUCGAUCCUCCCCUCGCGAGGAGUGCUACUAUUCGAAAGUUUAUCGUAGGCUUUGAAAUGAUGGGAGAGCCUCAGCGGGAUUUGACGGCGGAGCAGGCAGCAACGCGAUUGAGAGAGUGCAGCGAUGUGCAUUUCAUGGAGUCGUCCGAAUAG